AUGUCCGCUCCUGCUACUACUCAAGUUGAAAUUUUGCAAGAAGGUGAUGGAAAGACCUUCCCAAAGCCAGGUGAUUUAGUCACUAUCCACUAUACCGGUACUUUAGAAAAUGGUAAGAAAUUUGACUCUUCUCGUGACAGAGGUAAGCCAUUCCAAUGCACAAUUGGUGUUGGUCAAGUGAUUGUUGGAUGGGACACUGGUAUCCCUAAAUUGUCUGUUGGUUCUCGUGCUAAGUUGACAAUUCCAGGCCAUGAAGCUUACGGGGACAGAGGAUUCCCAGGUUUGAUUCCACCUAACGCUACCUUACUUUUCGACGUUGAAUUGUUGAACGUUAAUUAG